GUUGCGCAUACAGAGAUGGCUGAGAAUCUGAACCAGGAGAUGUGGAGGCAGAGAAGGCAGAGACUGGAAGCAUUAAUCAGGGCCGACCCGAACCAGCGACGGCAUGAUCCUGCAGAACCUGACAAUAUUGUGGAUCCUCGGCUAUACUUGGCUGCGAAGAAAGGGGACAUCGACGAGUUCAUCAGAGCCCUAGAGGAUCAUUGCGCCCGGGAAAGAGUGUCGUUGCCCAUUGUUCUCGGACUGCGCAGCCCCUCCAAGAAUACACUGCUUCACGCAGCGGCAGAGAGUGAUGAUAAUGUCAGAGCGGUCAUCGAUUUCGUCCCUAAGCACUUGAUCUCCUGUAAAAACUCCAGAGGAGAGACGCCGCUACACAUUGCGGCUAGAGCUGGGAAAACCAUUGCGGUGGAGCUUCUCCUUCCCCAGGGGAACCCAAGAUGCACUGACCGCAGCGGCAACUCCGCUCUGCACGAGGCCGUGAGGAAUCGCCAUUACGAGGUAAUCCGUCAACUGGUGAGUGAAGACCCCAAUCCGCUGUAUUAUCAGAAUAAGGAAAGCAAGUCUCCAUGGUGCGUAGCAGUCAAAACAGAGGAUUUGGAGGUUCUCAGGGUCUUGUUGGGAGCACCAAACGAUGGGGAAGACCAGAGGAGAUUAGACAUUGAAAGGGUCUUUGGCAUGUCACCCGUUCAUGUCGCCAUUAUGUACCAGAAUAUGGAUAUGCUGAACGCGACGUGGAAAAGGAAGCCGUGGCUAUUUCAAUUGAGAGAUGUGGGAAACGGCACUCCACUCCAUUUGGCGGCGUACAGCAAUUAUCACGAUGGAGUCAGGUUCUUGAUGGAGAAGUGCCCAACAAGCGCCCUGGAGCAAGACAGCACGGACGGCUAUCUUCCUAUCCAUGUUGCUUGCAUGAUGAAUCACAUCGGGAUCGUCAAGGAGCUACUUUGGCGAUGGUCAGACCCUGCAGAGUUUCUAACUAGGCUGGGACAAAACAUUCUUUACGUGUCAGCGAGGUACGGAUGCAAUCCGACUGUCAAAGAAAUAAUGAAAAAUCCCAAUUUUAGCCAACUCAUAAAUGCGAGAGAUUUCGACGGGAAUACGCCUCUGCAUCUGGCUGCGUUGCACUAUCAACCUUCGAUCAUGUUUCUUGCACGAGACAGAAGAGUUGAUCUUAAGUUGGUCAAUAAGAAUAAAAUGACGGCUCUCGACAUGGCAGACCAGGACAUUAAAGCAAUUGGUGCUCCACUUCGGAAGAGAUUAAUAUGGAUAAUUUUGGUAUCUGCCGGAACACCGAGAAGUAGAGAAUUAGAUAUCUGCAAGCCAACCGGUCGCAGCCCAUGGAAACGAAAGGAACUGCAGGAACCGGAUAGAUCUAAGGACAAAGCGAAUACUCGCAUGGUCGUGGCGGUGCUUAUGGCCACUGUCACUUUCACUUCUAAUUUUUCCGUUCCAGAAGGGUAUAAUGGUUCUGACCCAGAUGCUGGAAUCCCUAUAUUGCUCCACAAAGCCAUGUACAAUGUCUUUGUGAUUAGCAACUCCGUGGCCAUGUAUAGCUCGAUCAUGACCAUCGUGAUCCUCCUUUGGACACAUAUUAAUGAUCCUUACGUGAUGGGAGUUACCCUUUUCCUAUCAACUUUCCCAUUGUUGGUAGCUCUUGCCGCAAUGCCUCUGGCAUUCAUGGCAGGCAUCUACGUGACCGUAACCAAACUAGCUUGGCUUUCGAUUUUUGUCUUGGUCUUUGGAUCCUUCGCCCUCUACAUUAUCUUGAGUUUCUUCAUUUUGUUGUAUUUUUUUCCGCUUGGGUGCAGAAAUCCUCUUAUUCAUGGCUUCACAGACAGACUUAUUUUAGUGGUUCUUGCGAUAGCGAGGAGAGAGGCUGCAGGGAGGGAGACUGCGGCACGUGCAGCUACAGCCAUCCGGGGCACUUGUGACGAUAACCAACCGCCCCCACUUGAAUAGAUCA